CACCAUAAUACCAUUGAUUACCAUAUCAGGAUGAAGUAAAACAACGAACACGCUCUGGUGCUGAUGACUUCACCUCCCUGUCUGAGCUUUGCUGUGGUCAAAUGUGUCGGUGUGUGACAGACGGACUAUUACUGUAAAUCUAGAUGGUCGCAGGUUCCCUGGUGUCACAGAAAUGAACCUGCCGUCCAGAGAAGAGUGCGAGGGCUGGGACCAGGCGCAAGUAGUCCUCUUCAUGUGUAAGAACAACAUGCAGGAUUGUGCCACUACUGUGAAGAAACUUCGGAUAAAUGGACAAAGACUUCUGAACCUGUCCGACAGUGACCUGAGCAGGUUUAGUCUCAUUCACCAACCGCAACUUCAAAAGAUGGUUCAGGACAUCAAGAGGAAAGAUGGCAGCCUGAUCUCUUUGUGUGGCAGGCUGAAAAACAGGGCCAUCCCAAAGGUACCAGUGAGGGACUAUGGAGAUGAUGAAUUUAGCGACGAUCAGUUCUCUGAUCCUGAAUAUGAUAAUGACACAUAUGAGGAUCCAAACCAAGACAACAGCUAUGAACCACCUCCCAGUGAGAGAUCGUUCCCCGUGAAUCCUCCCUUUUCAAAGGGGGAGUACCUCGACAGUUUCCGCAAACAGCCAGCGCAGCCCCCCAGGAAGCCCUUCCGUCCAGGCAAAACCUCCAGACAACUGCCCCCUGAACCCACAGACUCGGGCAGUGACAAAGAGGACUACAUGAGUCCAGACGGCCAUAACGAUGAUGACAACUACAUAGAACCUGAAGAGCACGAACCCUCCAAGCCACCGAUGCACUGUAGAAGAAGGGAAACACACCUCCCUUUUCGGUCUCCACACACACCAGAAGCUUCAUCUAGUCCAGAUUUUUUUGAAGUACUAAAUGAAGAGAUAGGCUCGUCGUCAUCAUCAUCGUCUCCCUCUAGACGGUGUCUUGUGUCUUCAAAAUCCACAUUACAGUUACCUCCCAAACCCAGCCCCAGAGUAAACAAGACAUCACCUCCUACUCCCCCGGAUCCCACGAGUGAUGAGGAAUAUGCAGUUUGUGAUGGAGAAGAAGAUUGUGACACGCCCACAAGGGGUCGCCCUCCACUCCUACCAAAUCCUUUGCCCAGAGAAAGAUCACCAAAGCCACCUGUCAGGCCUAACCUAGAGGUCAAACCAAGAAGAUUUGAAAGUCAUUCACUGCCCGUGAUGCAAACUAACCAGAAGGUUCUUCCAAAAGUUUUUUCUCUGGACAUUACAAAACCCAAAAUACCUGUAUUCCAGUUCGCCUCCAAGAAUGCCACAGAAAGAAGGAGGGGUUCUGCUGACAAUGGAACAAAAGACGACGAUAAGAGUGCAGGGGUCAUGAAUAAGCCCUGGUAUGCAAGCGCAUGUGAUCGUAAGACCGCUGAGGAGGUUUUGAUUCAGACGAAUAAAGACGGUGCAUUCAUGGUACGGAAGAGCUCUGGUCUCGACGUACAGCAGCCCUACACCUUGGUGGUCUUUUAUGGUGGCAAGGUUUACAACAUUCCUAUCCGUUUACUAGCAAAUACUCAGCAGUAUGCUCUCGGAAGAGAGAAGAAGGGAGAGGAGUAUUUCAACAGCAUCGCUCACAUAGUUGAGAACCACCAAAGAACUCCACUGGUGCUGAUUGACAGUCAGAACAACAGCAAGGAUUCCACCAAGCUGUGCUUUCCUGUAACACCGUAGAUGAAUCCAGCAACAGCAAAGAUAUCGGACUUUACUCAGCCUGACAUUUCCUCUCACAGUGUUAGGCGCAGUGACUGUGCAGCGAUUUUCUCCAUGACUGUUGAGGUGCCGUCAACAGUACUGGUCAUGUGGCAGCAGAGCAGAAGAGACUACAAACACAUUUCUGCUCAUGUUUUAUUAAUAUUUUUAAUGCUCUGUCAAUAAACAGUGUAUCAAAAUUAAUGCAAGGAAUGAAAAGCGUUGCUCUAGCACAGGGAAGCAUGCAGACAAAUAAUGCGGUUAUUACAGCAGUACUCCGAAUAGCCAAAAAGCACAAAAUUGUAAAAUUUUGUUUUUCAAUAAAACUGUCUUUUUUCCUGCAUCAUAGUAUUACUCAAAGUAAAUCUUCAGUCACAAGAAUAUACUACCAGAAACUGACAACAGCCCUGUUUUGUCUCUAUUAGAAUGAAUACAUUUGUCCUACUUGUGCACAUCGGUUGCAUAACAAAAACUACAAGGCACAUGGUGAAAAUCCUCCGGUAAUCUUUUACAGUACCUCUAUACAACUUUUUUUUUUAAACGUUCUCAUAAUAAAGUGAAAAAAGAAUG